GAAUAAUCAGCACGAGCACGUUGCGCACUUUGAAAGAGUGUUGUGUGUGUUUUGUUUAUAAACUUGUAGCAAUAUUAUAGAAUCUGCAAAAUGACCAAGACAGCGCCAAAGGGGCGCAAUAAGCCGCCAGCACGUUAUUUUGAUAGUGCCACUGAUAAAUCGGACGAUGUGAAGCACAUAAAACUCAAGCGCAAGAAACAACAAAAUUUCACGGGAGAUUUUGUGAAGAUGCAGGCGCACUACAAAUUAAAGAAACCGCACAACGAGAAGCGCAAUGCGGACAAGAAGAAGACUGAGGUUGACAGGGUGCAGAAGCAGAAGAUACCACAGGAAGUGUUGGAUAAGUAUUCGCGUGGUGAUGGCGUUGAUUCGCGCGGCGUCAAGACGCGUCACUUCAAGGAACAGCAGGAGCGCAAGGAAGUCUAUUUGGAAUAUGCCACCGAGCAGGCGGCACGCACAGAGCUCCUGUUGCAGGAGACACCCGGACAGCUGGAGGCGGACGAGGAGGAGACCACAGCCAUGUAUCGUCAGUCGGAAAUUGUGGCCAAUGUGGAUUUACAAUCGGCAUCCAAACAUUUUGAUUUGAAACUGGAUUUUGGACCAUACAAGAUGCGGUAUACGAAAAAUGGCAGGCAUCUGUUGCUGGGUGGGCGGCGUGGUCAUGUCGCCGCCUUCGACUGGGUGACCAAGAAGCUGCACUGUGAGUUCAAUGUGAUGGAGAGCAUCGCGGAUGUGCAGUGGCUGCAUGUGCCCACCAUGUAUGCGGUGGCCCAAAAGGAAUGGGUCUAUUUCUAUGACAACAAGGGCACCGAGCUGCACUGCGUCAAGCGUUUGAACCGUGUCAAUUGCCUCGACUUUUUACCCUAUCAUUUUCUACUCGCCGCCGGCAACAAUGCGGGCUAUGCCUCCUGGCUGGAUGUGUCCAUGGGUGAGCUGGUUGGCAACUUUAAUACGGGACUGGGUGACAUUCGGCUGAUGCGUCACAAUCCCGGCAAUGGUGUGCUGUGCAUUGGCGGCGGCAAGGGUGUCGUCUCCAUGUGGUCACCCAAGGUGCGUGAACCAUUGGUUAAAUUGCUCGCCCAUUCCACGGCGAUGACUGCGUUGUCUGUGGAUCCCAAGGGACUGCAUCUGGUGACCGCUGGCUUGGAUCGGGCCGUCAAGGUGUGGGACAUACGCAAUCUGAAUGACAAACCGCUGGCAAUCUUCCGCCUCCGGCUGCCCGCCAAUGAGCUGGAGAUAUCGCAACGGGGAAUGUUGGCGUUAUCCCAGGGCAACUACCUGGAGACCUAUACGAAUGUGAUCAGCGGCGGCGGCACCGGCAACCGGAAUAAUCUUCCCUAUCUCCGACAGCGUUGCGAUGCCUUUGUCCAUGGCAUGCGCUUCUGUCCCUUUGAGGAUAUCCUGGGCAUAUCCACAGCAAAUGGUUUUCAAUCUCUGCUGAUGCCAGGCGCUGGCGAACCCAACUACGAUGCCCUCGAGGAUAAUCCGUAUGAGACGAGGAAACAGAGACGUGAGCACGAAGUGCAUGCAUUGCUCGAGAAGAUUCCACCCGAAUUGAUCACAUUGGAUCCACAUGAGAUCACCGGCGUGGAUGCGCCCACGCUGCAGGAGAAGGUCGAUGCUAAGCGGCAGCUGUUCCACUUGAAACCGCCACGAAUCAACAUGAAUCCCCGGCACAAGAUGAAGGGACGCGGUGGCAGUGUCAAGGCGGCACGCAACAAGCAAAUCGUCAAGGAUCUGCAGCGCAAGGAGUUCAUCUCGGAGAUUCGCAAAGCCAAGAGUAGCGUUAUCGCUGCCCACAAGCAACGUGGUCGAGAUCAGGACAGGCACGAGGGGGCGGAAGAUUCGUCUUUGUCUGGGCCCAAGCAGAAAAAAGAAAAACCUGUGCGCUCCGUUCUGGAUCGCUUCAAACCGAAGCCCGUCAAGAAGCCCAAGAAAUAGUUGUUGCUUUUAUACCUAAAUAUAUAUAAUAUUAUAAUAAAUGAUUACUUUUUUUUAGAGUUAUACAAGUUGAAAAAAAAAAAAAAAAAUUACCAGCUAGGAUUUUCAGCAGAAUAUCAAACCGCAACAAAUAUGGGUUCCGGUUUUAGUUCAAGUACGUCUCGAAACAACUAUUUUGGCAAAAGGUUCUUUCUCAGUUUUAUUCUUUCGAUUCCGGUAUCAGUACGGGUACAACAAAUCAAUGUUAAAACAUUUUAAAUUGUUUAAGUGUUGUUUAAACUAAUUAUGACAUACGAAGUUGGUUGAGGGCAAGUUUUUCGAUGUAUCCUUCAUUUUUAUCCAAGAGAUAUUUUAAAAUUGUA